AUGCCAGCAGUCUGGCAGCGAAUAACUAGGCAGAAUCGCCCGAAACAAUGGCGGAGAAAGAGGGAGAAACAGCAGAAAUUGCUGACUAUUGUGAACGAACCGAGCGAAAGGGAGAGGUGCGUUCAGAGAGCAGAGCAUUCGGAGGAGAUGAGGGAGGAAGAAGAGGAGGAGGAGGAGGAAUGGGGGAAAAGAAAGUAUAAAUAUGACAGGGCUAGUUUGUACGGGACAAAUUCCAACGCAUGA